AUGGUUCGAGUGAAUGCCAAAGUCAGCCAGCUCCUAUCCGGCCGGAAAUCUCUGGAGACCAUGGUUGUGGUGGACGCGGACAAGACGCUGUACGCAGAGGACACAGCAAAGAUGUUUUGGGACGUUCUGGGAUCAGCCAGUCCACUCCAGAAGCUGUUUGGAGGCCCGCUGGGUUAUUCUGAGACGGCAUUCCUCCAAGCAGUCGUUUUGUACGAAGAAGCAGCUGAUGAGGCCGAGUUCGAGCGCGUUUGCGACGUCGUGGCGUCCAGGACCGAGAUUCACGCCGAGUUCAAGGAACUUUUUGGAAUGGCGGCAACGGAGAAUCACGUGGGAGUCGUCGUCGUGACUUGCGGCAUCCGGCGUGUUUGGGACAAGGUCCUGCAACGAGAAGGACUAUCUCGAACAGUCCAAGUUAUUGGGGGCUCGAGGAUCUCCGACGACAUGGUUGUCACGCCAGAGGUCAAGGCUCGAAUUGUCGCGAGACUGCAGCGGGAGGAGAAAGUACGUGUUUGGGCCAUUGGCGAUAGCCCGCUGGACCUGCCCAUGCUCGAGGCGGCCGAUGAGGCUAUUGUCGUCACGGGCGAGGAGCAACACAGGAGUCGAAGCAUGGACGAUGCGCUCCUGGAGGCCAUCAAAACCAGAGGUCUCAGAGCGCGACAGGCUCUGCUGCCGAGCAACGCAUCUCCGCGACUUUCGUAUGCUGUGCUACCUCGAAUCCGUCUUACCAACGAGGAGUUUCUGCGCCCCGUCUUCUCUCGCCGACGCCGUCUACACCAGAAUGUUUGGCACGCUACCGCCAAGGAUGCCGCAAAGGUGCUCAUGGCGCCAACCCGAGAUGCCUCGGUCGCUGGGCCGAGGCUGAGGAAAGCCCACGCCGAUAUAGGACUCUAUCUCGCAUGGGGAUUCCUGCCGGAGCUGCUUGGUGUCGAGGAGUACCCAAUGCAGCACGUGCAAGGUCAUCAGAUCAUGGGCCACCGCCUCAGGCACGAGCGAGAAACGACCAUUGUCGCUCUCAUGCGCGGCGGCGAGCCCCUGGCCUUGGCCUUGAAUGAGGCCUUGCCUCUCGCCAUGUUCCUUCAUGCCAUCUCCCCGGACGACAUUAAACCCCAUCAUGUUGAGAACCAAAAGACUGUGAUUCUCGUUGAUUCGGUGAUAAACAGCGGCCAGACAUUGAUCAAGUUUGUCCAACACACGCGGCGAUUGCGCAAGGAUGUACGAAUCGUCGCUGUGGCAGGCGUGGUGCAUGCCGAUGCCGUAUCCCAGGGGCACGCGCUCGCGGGCAUCAUGGAACAACAUGGCGUUCAUAUCGGAGCGCUUCGCUUGUCAGAAAACAAAUUCACCGGAUUCAAGGGCACUGACACUGGCCACAGGCUGUUCAACACGACACACUUGGCCUAG